UUGACAAUUUGAGCUGUGAAAUCUGUGAUGGCUCGCAGCACACUCCACCAACAUAAAUAUGUCCUCCAUCAUCGUCACCUUCAACACAGAAAACCAAAGUUGAAUUUGUGAGAGAAAAGAAGAGAAGAGAAAGAGCACACAUGGAAGGUUUGAUUCCAUAUCUGAUUCAUGCGAUGAAGAAGCAAAAGCCUGGUGCUCAGCGAAGCUACAGAAGCUUCUCCCAUUCUGAAAGCUCAAACCGCAGCUACCAUUUGCUCUUGGCAUCUGAUGGAUCUUCUCACAGGAGAACCAGGUCUGAUUUUCAAGCUCCCACAACAGAGUUCUUAGAGCAGAGACAUGGUGCUGAUGGAUUCUUUGUCAGCCCCAGAGGCCACACCACUGCUGCUGCUGCUGCUUCUCUCUCUGUCAAUGUUAAUUCGUCUUAUGCUGCCCAACACUCUACCAAUAUCACCAACAUUCGCCAUCGCAACUGAUAUCUUCAACAUUCGUUUUUUGGACUUUCAGAUAUUAUAUAUAUGUCUUUUCUAGGGUUUCAUUCAUUCGUUUAAGAUCAUGGGUGACUAUCAAUUGUAAUAUUAUUGUGUAAACUUCUGAUCUUGUGUAAACACACUGUAAUGUAAUGUAUGGAUAUUAAGAAAUUUCAAGAGAACCUAAUUUCUUUUCUUCCGUUA